UUCAACCUUAGCGACACCACCACUUCACCCACGAAAGGCACCUCGGAAGCUCCUCGCGCGUAUCCCACGAACUCUCGUCACUACCGGCACCAUGUCUGGAAUCCUGGCCACCGUCUACAAUUCCAUCGUCAAGAGGAAUACCAUCUUUCUGACGACAAUCUUCGCCGGCGCAUUUGCGACGAACAUUGCAUUUGAUGUUACAGCGAACAAGAUCUGGGACCAAGUAAACAAGGGCCGACAAUGGAAGGACAUCAAGCACAAGUACAUGGACGCAGGUGAAGACGAGGACGACGAGUAGGCUUGGGCGGAAAAGCAAGGAGACCACGGGGGGAUGCAGCAUCAUGUUAUACUACGACAAUAAGAGGCCACGGCAACGCCGAUCCAGCCUCGAGAACAGAAACAAUGGCACUCAGCAAUUGGCAUGACUGAGAUGCCGCGGUCUGUACACAUAUCUUAGAGCCGAGCUUGCGCCAGGCGAGGCAGAAACCAUGUCGAAUUUUCACGUCGGUCUCACUCGGGCUCCCUGCUGGAGUGAAGAUUGUCAUCAUGUGUGUCUCACGCUAUUUGCAAAUGAGUUUGCUGUUCACAACGAG